UGAGAGGGAAGCUUUUUCUGCUUUAUGCUGCUGAAAAUCUCCAGAUUCCUGAAUGUUUGGAUGUUAUUCCUCUCAGUUUGGAAGUUAGAGAUCCACCAGAGGAAGUUCUGGACACUGUCUGGACCAAAACCUCAACAACUUGCCUUUUUUUCAGGUGAUUACCUCAAUACUGAAGGUACUUCACACAGCUGGACAGAACUUCUCCUCCAAAAACCUUGGAUCAGAUGUGGCUCCAUUCCUCUGAGACUGUUAAACUACAGCUGAACUCACAGAGGAAUCACUUGAAGAAUGAAAACUAAUUUUAUGCUUUUUACGAGUAUUUACAGCCUUUGACUUUUCCUCAGACCUUUGUAGGAUCCCCAUUUGGCUGCAGAUGUUUCAUCUGUCCGAGUCUCGGUAGGUUUGCAGCUGAUGUCAGAAGAGGAGCUGGGACCCAUCAACAGGUGACACCCUUCCCAUGAUGCCCUGCAGCUUUGAGGAAUCACCAUGGGAGACGAGUCUUACCCAGAAUGCCAAGCUCAGGAGCUGUUUGAUGAGUUUGUGUCAGCAUCAACCUGCAGGGCGGCGCUGCGCUGCUUCACCCAGCUGUGCGAACAUCUGCAACUGGAUCGCAGCACCACCGAAAAGCCUCUCUACCAACCAAUCAAACGGCGGCUCAACUACUGGAAGGCCAAUGCUCUGUGGGCCAAACUGGACCGGAGGGCGGCACAGCAGGAGUACCAGAGAGGCCGGGUCUGCAGAAACAUGACUUGUGUGAUCAUCGGGGCGGGGCCUUGUGGUCUCAGGACAGCGGUGGAGCUCUGCUUCAUGGGAGCCCGAGUGGUAGUCCUGGAGAAAAGGGACUCGUUCUCCAGAAACAACGUGCUCCACCUUUGGCCCUUCACCAUCUAUGACCUGAGGGGCCUCGGGGCCAAAAAGUUCUGCGGAAAGUUUUGUGCAGGCUCCAUCGACCACAUCAGUAUUCGCCAGCUGCAGCUCGUUCUGCUGAAGGUGGCCUUGCUCCUUGGGGCUGAAGUCCAUGUCAAUGUUGAGUUCAAGCAGCUGGUGGAGCCACCAGAGGACCAGCACAGAAACAAGGAGGGCUGGAGGAUGGAGGUGAGUCCAAAGUCCCACCCAGUCAGUCAGAUGGAGUUUGACGUCAUCAUUGGAGCAGAUGGACGCAGGAACACACUGCCAGGCUUCAGGCGUAAGGAGUUCAGGGGAAAACUGGCCAUUGCCAUCACAGCCAACUUCAAAAACAGAAACACCUCAGCCGAGGCCAAAGUGGAAGAGAUCAGCGGAGUGGCUUUCAUCUUCAACCAGAGAUUCUUUCAGGAGCUGCGGCAAGAAACUGGUAUUGACUUGGAGAACAUCGUCUACUACAAGGACGACACACACUACUUUGUUAUGACAGCAAAGAAACAGAGCCUCUUGGACAAAGGAGUCAUUCUACAAGACUUUCCGGACACAGAGCAGCUCCUCUCUCGAGGGAAUGUGGACCAGGAUGCUUUGCAGGCAUACGCCCGUGAGGCCGCAGACUUCUCCACCAAUCACCAGCUGCCAAUCCUGGACUUCGCCAUGAACCACUACGGUCAGCCGGACGUCGCCAUGUUCGACUUUACCUGCAUGUACGCAUCAGAAAACGCUGCCUUGAUUCGCCAGCACCACGGACACCAGCUGCUGGUCACAUUGGUUGGAGACAGUCUGCUGGAGCCCUUUUGGCCGAUGGGGACAGGUGUGGCACGGGGAUUCCUAGCAGCUCUGGAUUCAGCCUGGAUGAUCAGAAGUUGGGCUCAGGGUAGAGCACCAUUAGAUGUCCUGGCUGAGAGGGAGAGUCUGUACCGUCUGCUGCCUCAGACGACUCCAGAGAACAUGCAGAAGAGCAUCGGUCUGUUCACCGUAGAUCCGGUAACGAGAUACAUGAACAUCAGCCCUCUGACCGUCACACCUGCUCAGGUGAGACACCUGGUACAUACAGGUAGAGAGGCGGGGCUAAACACAAGUGAGAGUGAUAUUAUCCGGCUGCCUUCCCCCAGACUUUCAAGACAAGAGUCCUUCUCUCAGUCCAAUCUGCUGCUGACUUGGUGUCAGCAGCAGACUCAUGGUUACAGAGGUGUCGCUGUUUGUGACCUGACUACUUCCUGGAAGAGUGGCCUUGCCCUUUGUGCUCUUAUCCACCGAUGCCAACCUGAUCUGAUAGACUACGACUCUCUGGACGAGUCAUCAGUGGAGGAAAACAUCCGCCUCGCAUUUGACGUGGCUGAGCAAGAGUUUGGGAUUUCACCUCUGAUGACGGUGGAAGAGAUGUCGUCUGUUGGAGAACCAGACUGUCUUUCUAUGGUGAUGUACCUGAGUCAGUUCUACCAGCUGCACAAAGAGUCACUGCACCCUGCUGGCUCCCUGAGUCAGAAUGCUGAUCUGAGAGCAGCUCUCUUCACUCCAGCCUCCCUCCUCAGCAGACUGGGAACCAGUCCGUCCAGGAAGAGAAACCCAAAAGAGCAUGGAGACGCUCUGGGCAAAAGGAGAAGGACGAGUCCGGAGUGCGGAGAGCUGCAGGAGUCCCAAGACUUUAAUGGCGACUUUGAAGAGAACUUUGUGGGCGGGACCAGCCGCUCCAGAGUUCGUCUGAUGGCCAAUCAGCUGCAGGCAAAGCUGGACGAGGGCUCUGCGACCUGCGUGACCUCUUCGUCUUCUUCUGCUUCUGCUCUACGUCAGCAGCAGGGGGCGCCAUCCAGCCUCCCUCCCUCAGAGUCUGCAGACCCCCCGCAGGCCACGCCUCCUGUUCAGUCGUCGUCAUGGAGACCGAAGAAGCGGACCCUCCAGCAGGAGCAGAUGAGUUUCCGCUUCAGGGAGAGGAUCAAGUCUCAGUGGGCCGACAGCCGGGACCAGCAGUGUCUUCAGAUGUACACCGCUGGAGUGAGCUCAUUGGCUGAGCAGUUAACCAGCCGUUUUCAGCGUCAGCAGCAGAGUAGUUUGGUCUCCGUGGGAAGCGAUGUCUGUUUCUUCUGCAAGCAGAAGGUUUAUGUGAUGGAGCGUCUGAGCGCCGAGGGGCUCUUCUUCCAUCGCAGCUGCUUCCAUUGUGAUUCCUGCAGCGCCCCCCUCAGGCUGGUCUCCUACAGCUACGACCAGGAUGCCGGAAGGUUUCGCUGCCUGCAGCAUCCUGACUGCCGGCCGGCCGCUCCCAGGAAGAGAGCGACUCCCACGGGAACAUCGGCGCCGUCUCCGUCCUCGGCCGCGUCCCUCUCCGGCUCUCUGAGCGAGCGGCGCCGGUCUUCAGCUGCGUCUCUGAUGGCGGCGACGCCGGAGCGGAUCGAGCUGGAGAACCGCAGGAAGGAGGAGGAGGUACCGGAGGAAGUCCAGAACCGGGUCAACCUGAGCCAAGCUGUGCAUGUCAGCUCAGAGGAAGAGGAGGAUGAAGGUCCAGGCUGUGAGGAAGAGGAGGAUGAAGGUCCAGGCUGUGAGGAAGAGGAGGAUGAAGGUCCAGGCUGUGUGACCUCUCAGGAGGCGAACGCUUUGAGGCGAGAAACUCUGAGAGAGGAAGAGGAAGGCAGCGCUGAAGACCAGUCCAGUGACGAAGGGGAGUACAGCCCCUGGGAGACGGAGCGCCGCUCGGGUCUGUGGCUCCUGUUAGAGGAGGAAGCAGAGUUUCCUCCUCUGGGCCCACCUGUGAAGCGAGGCUCCGCCCCCUCCUCUCUGACUCCGCCCACUGGCCCGACGCCCUCCACCGCCUCCUUUGUCACUUCAUCUGACUCCACCCCUGACUCUGACUUCACCAAAACUCCCCUCUCACCUGUGGUCGUCAUGGAGACGGCAGCAGGGGGUCGGGGCUCGUUUGAUGACAUCACACCUGAGCUGCCACAGAAGAAGCCGCUGCUCCAGCAGGAGGACCGGGGGGCGGAGCCAGAGGAGGAGUCAGGCGGCAUGAGACGUCGGAGCCACAGAGAGCCGCUUUCCACCCUCCCUCUGCUUCCGGGAGGCGGAGCUCUCUUCCUCCUCAAGAAGCUCCGGGAGGCUCCGCCCCCUGGCCAGGUGGAGCUCGGUGGGGGUGGAGCCAGAGGCCUGUUGAAGGCAGUUCUACCCGGAAACAGAAAGGAGCAGAAACGGAGGGGCGGGACUUUACCUGCAGAGAAGUUGAAGAGGCUCCCAGUCAAUCACAGCAGGAUUACAGUCGCAGGAGAGGAGUCCACUCUGGAGUCUUCAACGCUGCUGCAGAGAUGUUCGCUAAAACCCGGAAACAACUUGCAGCUGGAGUUGUUCGAUCUCGUGUCUGAACUGCAGAGAGUUUCCGUGGAGGAAGAGGAGGUAGAAGAGGAGAACCAGGUCUACGUCCCUCAUGCUCUGGCCUUCAGGCGCUCGUAUGGAGACAAGAGGAAGAAGCGCGUGAGGGACAGCGUCCCGGACUCGGAUGGACAGUCUUCCUGUCCCACGGAGGUUGUGGGCGUCCUGGUCCCGCCCAAAGAGCCGUCCAGCCUCAGCGUGAGGGAGGCCAUGUUCGAGAAACAGGAAGGGGACGAAGACGGAGACCUGGACGCCAAAAUCACCCGCCGCGUCCAGAGAGCGGCCAGGAGGCAGGCCAAGAAGGAGCAGCUGAAGAGGCUGCACAAGGCCCAGAUGAUUCAGCAGCGUCUGCAGCAGGUGGAGGUGAAGCAGAGAGAGCUGGAGGACAGAGGAGUGAUGGUGGAGAAAGCUCUGCGAGGAGAAGCAGACUACUGGGAGGACUCCAGCCACGGUCCAGACACAGAGCUUCACCUGGGAGGACUGGGCAAACUGGACAACCUGGUUCUGAUGCAGCAGUGGUUCCGGCUGGUCCAGCAGAAGAACUCGCUGGUCCGAUACGAAUCGGAACUCAUGAUCUUCGCUCGGGAGCUGCAGCUGGAGGACCGGCAGAGCCGCCUGCAGCAGGAGCUGAGGGAACGGAUGGCCGUGAACGAUCACCUGAAGGGCGAGGAGCAGCUGGACGAGGAGCGGCGGAUCCUGGAGGAGAUGCUGGAGGUGGUGGAGCAGCGCGACGCCCUGGUGGCGCUGCUGGAGGAGCAGCGCCUACUGGACCGCCAGCAGGACCAGAACCUGGAGGUUCUGCUGGCCGGGGCGCUCAGCUGGGCCUGAUGGAACCGGACCAGAACCUGGAGGUUCUGCUGGUUCUGGCUAAAGUGUUAAUUUGGUCUUCAGUUGGUGUUUCCUCCUCUGGUUCUGGUUCUGGUAACUGACCCAAAAGCCUUUUCUGGACCUGGUUUAAAGCAGAACUUCCUGCAGAAACGUUCUGAUCCGGUUCUGAUCCGGUUCUGAUCCAGUGUUUCUUUUUGAUUCUUUUAAACGUCAUAAUUUGCUUCUGAUUCAGAUUUCAGACGAUCUUCAAUCAGAACCGAUAUCAAUAAUCAAACUGAUUCCUGAAGAUCUUUGAUCCAAAUAAUCUGAACAAAUAAAAGAUUAUAAAAUAAAAACCAAAACUAAUUAAUAAUUAAAUCAGUUAUAUUAACUAAAACCUGGAAUUAUAAAUAUAUCAAAACACUGAAACUUGAACGACAGCCUGGAAGUUUUGAAAACGGAUAAAAAUGUAUUAAAAUAUAAAGAUCUUAACAAAUGUGAAAAAAUAAUGAGAUUAAAAGUUUUAUUUAAUCUCAUUAUAAAAUGGUUUUAAACAUUAACAGAAUAAUCCCUGGUUAUUGGAAACAUAAAAUAAUUAAAAGUAAACUAACAAAUAUGCACAAGAAAUAAAUGUAUUAUUUUUAAACUGACAGUAUAAAACUGUUUUAAAUAUGUAAAAAUACAAAACCAUCCAUAAAAUUAAAAUGGAUAAAUAAUCCCAGAUUAUUCCACUAAUUUUGGGAUUCAACUGCAGAUUAGUAAUCUGAGUUUCUUCAUACGUCGCCAUGGUGACUCACAGUAUUAUGGGAUGAGCCAGUUGAUGGUCAUGUGACCUGAAGCGGCUUGUUCUGAUCACCGUCUGCCUUAUUUCCUCAGCAGGUUUUGUAACUCUGUGAUGUCACUUCCUGUGUUCAAUAAAAACUGAUUUUCAGCUCAGACUGUCGAGUUUUAGGAGAAACUUCACUGAGGGUCGGGUUCUGUCAUCUAGAACCGGAUUUAAAAUGCAGAUUGAAAACGUUUCGCCUGCUUCCUGCGGCUGGAUCGUCACUUCCUGCAACUACAAUCGGUUUUUCGUUCAAACUAGUUUUUGCUACAUUUAGGUCCAGAUUUUCUACUUGCCGUGCUUUUUAACUUUUUUAAAUUGUAACGUUAGAAGAAAGUCCAAGUAUUUUGUUCUGCGUCGCCUUGGUGACGGGCGUCUCCGUGCGGAUGCUAACUGGGCUAACAGGCUCAGAUAUCUUCCACUCUGCGCUGCUGAUGGAAAACUAAGCGGGCCCAGUCGGCACCGUGGGGAACUCCUGCUGCUCCACGGGAUUCGGACCUCUAGAGCAUCGAGUGGCUCAAGGUUCUUCUUCUUCUUCUUGUUUUAUGGCGGUUGGCAAACAAUUUACAGGUGCAUUACCGCCACCUUCCAGGUUGGAGUAUGGAUCACACGCUUAUACCCUCCCCAUAGUACCCGUUCUUCUUAGAAAUCAAAAAAUACUCUCAAAUAUUAUAUCUCCUGAUGAUUUCUGAAACAUUUCUUCUAAAUCUAAUUUACAAUUAUUCAUCUCAUUAACCAACAUCUCUCUCUCCCUUCCAUAUUUACUGCAUUCUAAAAAUACAUGCUGUAUUGUUUCCAUCUCUCCACAAUACUUACAACAACCUGUACUGUGUUUAUUAAUUAACUUAAUAGUACUAUUUAACCUUGUGUAAUAUUUUCUUCCCUUUUACUCCCAUUACCUUUUCUAUAUCUCCCAACUCUUUUUUGAAUUUUAUAGUAAAAUCUCCCUUUUUCUCCUCUAUCCCACUGUUCCUGACAUUUUUCCUUCAUGUAUUCCUUAACUACACUCUUAACCUCAUUCCUACUCAUUUUAAUGUUUAGCUCAACAAUUUCUUCAUUAGAGGCUCUCUUAGCAAAUUUAUCAGCCAUUUCAUUUCCUACCACACCGAUGUGGGCAGGAAUCUAAAUUAUUUUAAUCUGAGAUCCUUUUUUCUUACCCUGAAAAUGAUCUGAAUUAUAUCCUUUAUAAUAUCUUGCCUAAUUUCAGAUUUCAUUCCUUGUAUACUUAUUAAUGCACUACUAGAAUCUGAAUAAAUUACAAAGUCUCCUCUUCCCAUUCCCUCCAUCCAUUGUAAGGCUAUUAAAAUUGCCAUUAAUUCACCUGUAUAUACUGUUACUUUAUCACUAAUUCUUUUAUUUUCCAUAAUAUUUAAAUCUGGAGCAAUAAAUGCUAUCCCUACUUGAUUAUUUGACAUUUUUGAAGCAUCUGUAUAUACUUGGAUAUAUUUUGAAUAUUCUUUAUUAAUCUAAUUUUCCACUUCAUUCUUUUCCAUCUCUCUUCCCUUUUCCAAUAACUUCAGCCUGUUUUAAUAUCCAUGGUGGGAUGGCAGGUUAGACAACUACUGAACUAAUUUUAACUUUAUUGAUCCCAAUUUAUUUUAUUUUAUUUAAAAUUACCCAUCCAAAACUAUUUGUAUUUUUCUUUACUUUUUCUUGACAAGGUUUAAGUGUUAAAUAUGGAGGAUCAUUUUUAUUAUGACCUUUGAUCUUUGCCCAGUAUAUUCCUGCUAUUUGUUCUCUUCUGAUCUUCAUUGGCAUCUCAACCUGUAGAGUCGAGACUGGAGUUGUUUUUCUGGCUCAAGGUUCUUCUUACCUUGUAUGUUUGAAAGCGUCUCCAGACUGUUUCCUUGGUGAUCAUGUGUCAGCUGACCCGCCCAGGUGUGUCCAAUUAACCUCUGAACUCUGACCCUGUGACCUCUGGGACCAGCUGUUCCCCAUAAAUCAUCCAAAAUGUUUGAGUUUUAUGUUUUGAAUCCAGUUUGGGUGUUGUUACAUGCAGUGGAGGCUGCAUGUGGGAGUUUCUCCCCAAUUAGGUUGCUGCUGAUCUCCGGCGGGUUAAGCAGGCCCAGCUGGUUUCACUCUGCAUCCUGACCAGCAGAGCAGAAGGCUGGCUGGGAGGCUGAGGUUCAGGGCCUCUUGGCCAAUUGGGCAGCAUGUGUGCUGCAGCUUUGUGAUGCAUGUGUGCUGCAGCUUUGUGAUGCUUGCGUGCUGCAGCUUUGUGAUGCAUGGGUGCUGCAGCUUUGUGAUGCAUGGGUGCUGCAGCUUUGUGAUGCAUGGGUGCUGCAGCUUUGUGAUGCAUGGGUGCUGCAGCUUUGUGAUGCAUGUGUGCUGCAGCUUUGUGAUGCAUGGGUGCUGCAGCUUUGUGAUGCGUGUGUGCUGCAGCUGAUGCCUGUGUUGGAGGAUUUUUCUGCUGGUUUUGUUGUUAUUCUCCCUCUUCUUUCCUUUUAGGGUCUCAUGUUUUCACCUUUGAGAAGUCUUCCCAUCCCACUUAAACAAUAAACCUUUAACCUUACCCUCCUGGUUUUGUCUCCUCAUUUUUUCCUGGGUUUAUCUAUUGUUACGGCUCCCCUCCCAGGACCCCCAGACUGCCCUGGGGAUGUAACAGGUGUUUUUAUGAAACAAAGUUGAUGCUCUGUAGAAACGUUUCCCCCUGAUGAACAAACUCAGGAUGUGAUUCGUCGUUUCUUGUUGCUUCACGCCAACAGGAAGCUGAUGGUGAAACUCAAGCUGGUAACUUUUACCUGUUCAUCUUCACUCUGCUCAGACAUUAAAACCUCCAUCACCACAGCAUGACGCUGCCACCACC